CGUCUGAGCCGGAAUCGGCGUUUCCGAGGCCGGCUCGAUCCCCCGGUCCCUGCGGCACCAUGGCUGCGCGGGAGCCGCCGCCGCCUCCCCCGGCCCCCGCCGAGCCCGACGCCGCCGGCAGAUACGAGGCGGUGGCUCCGCACUGGUUCUACCGCAAGGUCACGGACACGCGGGAGCGCUGGGUCCCCUUCAGCGCCCAGGACUCGGAGCGGCUGGAAGAGGCGCACAGCUCAGGGAGAGACGACGAGGACCUGGUUGUCCCGACGUCGGGGGGCAGGUACGACGUGCACCUGAAGAAGCGGCAGCGCGUGGCCGUGUACUGGGACGAGGAGGUGUCCGAAGUGCGCCGCUGCACCUGGUUUUACAAGGGAGACAAGGACAAUAAGUAUAUUCCCUACUCGGAGACCUUCAGCGAAGAGCUGGAGGAAGCGUACAUGGUCGCUGUGACCCUGGAUGAGUGGAAGAAGAAACUGGAGUCCCCCAGCAGGGAGAUCAUCAUCCUGCACAACCCGAAGCUCAUGGUGCACUACCACCCCGCGGCCGCCUCCGACGACUGGGGCUCGACUCCCACGGAACAAGGUCGGCCUCGGACGGUGAAGAGAGGGGUGGAAAACAUCGCUGCCGAGAUCCCCAACGGGGAGCCGCUGCAGAUCGAUCACCUGGUGUUCGUGGUGCACGGGAUCGGCCCGGCCUGCGACAUUCGGUUCAGGAGCAUCGUGCAGUGCGUGAACGACUUCAGGAACGUGUCGCUGGGGAUGCUGCAGGCGCAUUUCAGGAGGGCGCAGGAGCAGCAGCAGAUCGGGCGCGUGGAGUUCCUGCCUGUCAACUGGCACAGCUCCCUGCACUCCACCGGCGUGGACGUGGACCUGGAGCGGAUCACCCUGCCCAGCAUCAACCGCCUGCGUCAUUUCAUCAACGACACCAUCCUGGACGUUUUCUUCUACAACAGCUCCACCUAUUGCCAAACCAUCGUGGACACGGUGGCGUCCGAGAUGAACCGCCUGUACCAGCUGUUCCUGCAGAGGAACCCGCUCUUCACUGGGGGGGUCUCCAUCGCGGGGCACAGCCUGGGGUCGCUCAUCUUGUUCGAUCUGCUGACGAACCAGAAGGCCGGGCCCGAGGAGGACGAGUGCAGCCCAGGGGUACGUGCUCCCCGCGGCACACGGGGCACAGACCCCAAAAUACACGGGAGAAAAUCGGUGAGCGAAAAGCUUGAUCCCUGCCGGCUCUGUUCACAGGGGUCCAGGACAACCCCGAGCAGCGGGGGUGCUGAGGAGGUGAAGGAAAUCCUGCAGAAGCUGGAGCUGUCCGAAUACUGCGAUGUGUUUGAGAAGGAGAGGAUGGACCCGCAGGCGCUGUUCUUGUGCACGGAGCGAAACCUCAAAGAAAUGGGAAUUCCCUUAGGACCAAGAAUGAAGAUACUUCAUUACAUCAGCUCCAAGACGGAGAUGCAGGACCAGAACGCAGCGGCUCCCGGGACCGCGUCCCCGUCACAGCGCGACCCAGACGGCACGGGCGACGGCAGAGAUUGCCAAUACCGCGACGUUGGCCUGGGACAGGUCUCGGCCAACUACCCUCAGCUGAACUACAAGCCCACCAUCUUCUUCGCCUUCGGGUCGCCCAUCGGGAUGUUCCUCACGGUGCGAGGGGUGAAGCGCAUCGACCCCAACUACAGCCUGCCCACCUGCAAAGGCUUCUUCAACAUCUUCCACCCGUUCGACCCGGUGGCGUACAGGAUCGAGCCCAUGAUCGUCCCGGACCUGGAGUUCGAGCCCAUGCUGCUGCCGCACCACAAGGGCAGGAAGAGGAUGCACCUGGAGCUGAAGGAAGGGCUGACGCGCAUGAGCGUGGACCUGAAGAACAACCUGCUGGGGUCCCUGCGGGUGGCCUGGCAGUCCUUCACGCGUGGCCCCCUGCCCGCCGUGGAGGCGCCCGCUGCCGACGCCGAAGCCGAGAGCGACACCAGCGCCGAGAAGCAGCCAGACACAAAGCCCGAGGAGCCCCCCGUGGCGAAGGAGGAGACCCCCCUGCCCAUCAACGUGGGGAGGCUGAACGGGGGGAACCGCAUCGACUACGUGCUGCAGGAGAAGCCCAUCGAGAGCUUCAACGAGUACCUGUUUGCCCUGCAGGGGCAUCUGUGCUAUUGGGAGUCGGAAGACACGGUUCUGCUGGUUCUGAAGGAGAUCUACCAGACACAGGGCAUCACGCCGGAUCAGCCCUUGCCAGGGAGCCAGUGACGCCCUCUGCGGCGCUGGGGAUCCACUUCAACCGAGUACUCACCAGGAAAGUCCGGAUCUCUUCUCUGCCUUCCUCCCUCCUCCGCUGCCGUGUCCCGCAUGCUGCUUCCCCAGCACUUGCUGCUGCUGCCUGGAGAUAAGGACCCUUUUCCUCCAUUUUUGCGUAUGGGGGGUGGAAAACAACAACAAAAAAAUCAAUGGGAGGACAUUUCUGCUGGAACACACACAGCACGUGCCCUGCGAGCCCCUGUGGCAACACGUACGUUCAGCCCUCCACGUGUAAGUCAUCAGUCGCUCCCCCAGCACCGUGGCAGAGCUGCCGGGACCCCCCGGGCCGGGCUCUGCUCCCGGUUCAGCGGGACCUGGAGGAACAGAAGCCUUAAACACGCUGGGAGCCCCCGAUCGCGGCACCUCCCUGCGCUGACCCGGCACCGCGGUCCCGCGGGCGAAGCCCCGGGCACACCUGCUGGGCAGAACGUGUCCCCGCAGCCGCUGUCACCUCCCCGCGUCAGCGCCCGUGUGUCCCUGGGCUGUGCCCGGUCAGACAGCUCCAGGGCGCGUUUGUGCUGCGGGACGUCGGGCGGCUCCUCAGCAUCGUCCCCAGCACGGCUCGGGCACCUCGCGCAGGACACGGCUCCAUGUGUGACCGUGCGGGGAUGCGUCGCCCCAGACCCCCAGGCCAGGCUGGGGACAGCCCCACCUGCGCCCCGUGGGCAGCCUGGCUGGCAGGGGGCUGCGAGGGCCUCAGAUACUUGGGUUUGAAAUGCUCAACAUCCAGCCAGUGACGCUGGAGGCCAGAGCCGGAGAGUCCGGACACCGUGUCCCGGUGACCCCAGCUCUGCCCCGAGGGGGACGGGGACACGGGGACAUCCCUCCCUGUGCCCAAACCGCCCGGCCAAGGCUGGAGCCCCACGCCAAGGGACCGGGAUACGCAUCCCCGGUGCGAGAGGUCGCGGCAGCGCCAACCUUGGGAGAGCCAAACGGCUUUCCCGAAACCCCCGUGACUGUCGCCCUGCGUGGGGCGAGGAGCCUUUGUUCCGCAGCCUGCCUGUUUCUCCUCCAUCCUACCACGUUAUUUGCACUACGGGGAAGGUUUUGUUGCAGGUUCGUCCCCGCGCCCGUCCCAGGGGAACCGGAGCUGGUUUUACUGACCGCAGGAUCAGACCCGCUGCUCCUCCGCACCUGAGCUACCGGCUGCUCAGGUGUGUCCUAGGGGAGCAGGAGAAGGAGCAAGUCUUAACGCGGGACACUCUCAUGAUCAGCUUUUUAAGUUAAGCACUUUGUAAAAAAAAGGAAGAGUUAAAUACAUUUUAAGUGUUAUUUAAUGUCUUUUCCAGUAAAAGCCAAAAUAAAUAAGUAGAUGAC